GAGUCGUCUUGCGAAGAUUAAGCCGAUAACUAUGGAACCAACUGCUCCUGCUAUGGUCUCCGUUCUACCGCGUGGGGAUUCAGAGAGCCCCCCUCCCACUCACUGGAAGCCUGGACAGAAAACAUGGCGGCCCAAGAGAGAAAUCAUCAGGAAGGAAAUUGAAAGAAGACUACGCACGGUGGGCACCAAGAAGGACAAAGAUCCAGAGUUACCAAGGAGACGUUCACCAUCUCCAGAAGAUGAGAUAAUGUCAGCCAGUUCCGAGCAGAGUGGUGACGACGGGCCUCUGGGCGAUCCCAGGAAUUUCUCAGCAACAUUCAAGGAUAUGGGUCCCUUGUUCCACCUGGUGGUGAGAAUGAGCACUCAAGGAGUCCAGGAUUGUCCUGGUCUGGCCUUGUGAAACACGACCAGCCGCAGAGUUCGGAGCCUGAACCACUCAAGGUGAAAAAGGCACUGGUCAGUAAAUGGGAGCCACCCGAGGAACCAGACGAUGGUGAAAUUAUAGAGGAACCCGAUGGGAUGGUCCAACUGGAACCACCUGCCAAGGUCUUCUUGAUCAAGACGCCCCCAUUGCCAGAUAUCUCACAGAUCGCAGUCGAGAAUCAGCUCAUAUUAAGAAAAUCUGACAUUGGUGGUGCUAUUACGAAAUCAAACCUGCCGCCAAAAGUUAGCGCCUCUACGCCGAUGGUUCCAAGGAACAUUGCCAUGGCGCAGAAGUCACAGUCAGGCCAGCUACAGAAAUCUCCAGGGCACGUUCCUAAGCCUCCGUCGACACCUCCCAGAACUCCCGCUGAGGCGUCAAGACCGCCUCUGCCUAUUCAGCCUCCUCUGCCGAUAUCCCAACCUCCCAAGCCACCAGGUCUGCCUGUACCGCCAAAACUGCCACCAAGACCGCCAGCGGAGCCGCCUAAACCAUCAUCAGGUCUGCCAACCAGACUCCAUGGGUUGCCACCAAAGCCGCUUGCUGAGAGAAUCGGUGCCUUACCUCAGAGGCCGACGAGCAGAAAUAUGAGGACGCGACCUCGUUCUCGUUCAAAGUCAAGAUCUAGGUCACGGUCAUAUUCCAGAAGUCGGUCAAGGUCGGGGCGCCUCACACCACCACAUCGCCGGAGAAGUUACAGUCACUCAUCACGCAGUUACAGCCGGUCUGUCAGUCGGUCACCAAGGAGACGACAUUCGUAUUCCCGCAGCACGUCAAGGUCAAAGUCAAGAAGUCCUCGCCGAUCUCGGGACAGAUAUCGCAGGUCACGUACAACGUCAACAAGCAGGAGUCGGUCUCCAGGAGGGCGGAGAGAUAGUCGCAGUGUCAGUAGGUCAUAUUCGAGGAGUUCAAGGUCUUAUUCUAGAAGUAGGUCAAGGUCUCAUAGCCCAAGGAGGCGCCGUUAUUCAAGUGACUCUUAUUCUAAUUGAUCCAGGAAUAUGUUUUAUAUGAACUGACCACUCCGUGCUUGGUUGUUAAUAUGUGGCAAUCUUGUUUAAAAAUGGAGGCGAUAUCAUGUGAAUCAAAUGAACCAAUCUCACAGAAGUAAUCUCUAAAAGAAUAGAAAUGUGUAAAUCUGUGAAUCAUAGUAGGCCCUAUCUGUGAAUCUAUGUUUUAUCUUCAUGAAAUCCAUCCAGUCCUGGAUAUUGAAUGAUGAGGUUUUGAUUGAAAACAUUGCCAUCAUCACACUUUUCUGUCUUAUGUAAAGCUCUAAAGAUGCAUUUAUCUAACAAAUGUUUUGUAUUUCUGUGACUGUGGUAGAUGGUGUGGUAUUUUAGUUCAAUAAACUCAUUCAGAUGAA